AUGGCCACUCAUCUGAAGAAUGUUGACAUACAGAUCAGCCAGAUUUCCCGAACUGUGAGUGCUAAUACUCAACCGGGAAAGUUUCCAUCAAAUACUAUCAUCAAUCCCAAUGACUGCAAAGCUAUACAUCUGAGGAGUGGAACAAGCUAUGAGGGACCUCCAAUGCCAUCCGAAAAUGAGGAUAGAGUAGCAGAAAAGAGAGCUGAAGAGAAGGAAUUGGUCGAAGAAAAUGAGACUGUGCAGAUUUCUACUCCACGUACACGGCUACACAUUCACCUACACCACCUACAGCUCAUACUCCAGCUGAAGAAGGUUAACUUGAAUAUCCCAUUGGUGGAGGCACUUCAAGAAAUGCCUACAUAUGCAAAGUUCCUAAAAGAUGUGCUCUCCAAGAAGAAGAGGUGGACUGACUAUGAGACGGUGAACAUAUAUGAAAACUGUAGUGCCAUAAUUCAGAAAAAGCUACCGACCAAGCUUAAAGAUCCUGACAGUUUCAACAUCUCAUGCGUCAUUGGAAAUGACAAACAGACAAAGGCACUUUGUGAUCUGGGGGCGAGCAUAAAUUUGAUGCCAUUAUCGUUUUUCCGAAAGAUGAAGAUCGGCACUCUCUAG